AUGGUCUAUCGCGGCGACAACGGUAACCAAACGUCGUCGUGGCAAUCCUCGUCCUCUCCACCACGCUUGGAGCGUUGGGAGAGGCGUAUCGGGGAUGCCAAGAAGAGUCACCGGCCACGUCUACGGGACUGGGGAAGAGACAGAUUCGGUGUUGAGGGAUGCCGGGCGGCCGCAGCGUUCGAAGAACUGAGAGACGAACGGGACGGUAUCCGCGGGAUAGCACGAGAGAGGCGAGACGAUCUCACCCCUGAUCAGUUUUGGCGUCACUACGAGAAGAGAAGACUGCCGGUGGUAGUGUCGGGGAUUCCUUCUGACGAAGGAUGGAGAGCCGAGGAGCGCUGGGGCUUGGAGCAGCUUUACCGCAGGUACGGGGAUUGCAAGCUCAAGUGCGGGGAAGACGACGAUGGCUAUUCGGUCAAGGUUAAGCUGAAGUACUUUCUGCGGUAUAUGGACCACCAAACGGACGACAGCCCACUGUACAUCUUUGACAGCCACUUCGAUGACCACGAGGUGGCAAAGGGCCUACUGGAGGACUUCUUUGUCCCUCACUAUUUCCCUGAUGACCUGUUUUCAUUGGUCGGAGAGAGACGCCGACCGCCCUACAGGUGGUUUUUGGUCGGCCCCAAGCGCUCUGGGACAUCCGUGCAUAUCGACCCUCUUGGCACGAGCGCGUGGAACACGGUCGUGAGCGGAAGGAAGCUGUGGGUGCUUUUCCCACCGCAUGUGGACAAGAAUGUGGCCAAGGGGAAGGAUGUCAUCAGGCAGGGCGAAGACGAUGAACCGAUCAACUACUUCGUGGAUCUGCUGCCUCGGAUACGACGAAAGCACGGCAACUCGAUCAAGAUUUACGAGUUCGUGCAGUACCCUGGCGACACGGUUUUUGUUCCAGGCGGCUGGUGGCACGCAGUUCUGAACCUCGAGGACAGUGUGGCCAUCACUCAGAACUUCUGCAGUCGCAACAACUUCGAAAAGGUCUGGCGGAAAACCCGGACUGGCCGGAAGAAGAUGUCCGUCAAAUGGCUGAAAGAGCUUGACAAGGAGCACCCGAGCCUCGCCGACACGGCGCGCCGCCUCAACAGCGAGGACGGUUUCGUGAUGGUGGACAAGGGGGCGAGCAGCAGGCGUCGAUCUGGCCAUCAUGGCGAUGGUGAAGGCGGCGGGGGGAAAAGCAAGCGAAAAAACAAGCAAGGCAAACGAAAAGGUGGCGGGAGUGACGACAGCGGCAGCGUUGGCAGCGGCGAGGACGGAGGGGAUUCAGGGAGCGGGGGCUCUUCCUCCAAACGAGGCCGAAAGCAUAUGAGUGAUGCCAGCCGGGAAGGUUCUUUGACGCCACCCACGCACAACGAUAGCGUACGGUGA